UGGUCUUCCCCCCAAGGACAAAAGCAACAAGAAGAAGCUAACUUUGUUAUGUUAACAGGAAAAUCCCUUUAAAAAGCUACAAGCUGGUUCAUAGAAACUUAUCAUUCGAAAAUGGAUUCUUGUCCCAAAAGCGACAAGGAAUCCUUGAUGUCUAAGGGGAAAAAAACACAUUUUUUCAAGAUUAUUCUCGAUGGUAACAUUCGUGAUGGAAAGCUUUAUUUUCCAAGAAGAUUCAUCAGAAACUAUGGAAAUGAUUUAUCAAGUCCGGUAAUCCUGAAAGUUUGUAGUGGUGCAAAAUGGGAAGUAGAGCUUGUCAAGCAUGAUGGUGAAAUUUGGUUACAAAAUGGCUGGAAAGAAUUUCAAAAGUAUUACUCCCUAGCUCAUGGAUCCUUCUUAGUUUUCGAAUACGAUCAAGGAAAUUGCGACUUCAAUGUAAUCAUAUUUGACAAAAGUGCUACAGAAAUAGACUAUCCAGUCAGUAUCAUCAAUGGAGAUACCAAUUAUGAGCCUAAUCCUGAAAAAGCUGAAAGUAAUGUUUCUGUUGAAAUCUUGACUCACUUCUCACCGUCUCUGAAAACAAGAAAGAAAUCACCACUACCAUUCUCUUUCUCUCCACCUAAUAAGAAGAUAAAGCUUGAGAAUUCUACAGGACAAGUUGAAGCAAGGAAAGGAGGCGUCUCUUGUCAGAAGCAGACGCAGGAUGAGGUUGUGGAUAGAAUAAAACCAUUAAAUGCUGGGGAAAAGGCUAAAGCACUUGAUAAAGCAACAAUUAAUUUUAAAUCUAAAAAUCCAUUCUUCAUGAUUGCAAUGCAGCCAUCAUAUGUUCAUCUUACAUAUCAAGUAGCUAUACCAGCAAGCUUUGUCAAUAAAUAUUUUAACAAGCAAUGUGAUAAUGCCAUCCUGAGUACAGUGGAUGGAAAGUCCUGGUCUGUUGUGUACAAUUAUGAUGUGACCAAUAGAAAACCAAGAGCUAGAAUGAGUCAUGGUUGGAAAGAAUUUGCGCAUGAAAAUCACUUACAAAUUGGUGAUGUUUGUGUCUUUGAACUAAUAAAUCGGGCUAAAACCACAUUGAAAGUUUUCAUUUUUCGAUGUAUUAAAGAUGAAAAGAUCAAUCCAUCACCCGGAAAUAGCAAGCAAUUGAAACAGGAAAAGAGUUCUGGGAACAGGAAAUUUAUGCAAAGGCAUUCAUGUUUAAAAGUUCUUGAAGCUGCCAACAAAUUUACCUCAUUGAAUCCAUUCUUCAAAGUCAAACUGCGAGCAAGCCAUCUGGAGCACGGCUGUUUGAAUCUACCGAAAGGGUUUGUCAUUAAACAUACCAAGAAAAGCAUAUCAAAUAUAAUCUUACAGGCUGAAGGGAGAGAGUGGCCUGUGAAAUUAAUCUUCGACCAUUCUCAUCGAGGUUGGUUUUCUGCAGGGUGGACUUCAUUCGCAAAGGAGAAUUCUUUGCAAGUAGGAGAUGUUUGCAUCUUUGAGUUGGUUAAUAGUAAAACUCCGUUGCUAAAAGUCUCAAUUUUCAGAAAUGUCGAAUAGCUCAAUCUUAUUCCCAUCUUAGAUUUCAUAAUUGUUUGAGGAUGAAAUCAAACUUUCUGUAGGUGCUAUUUACUUCUUUUGCGACUUUUGGGAAUUGAGUACCAAAAUUAAUUUAUAACUUGAUGAAUAGCAUAAUUGUCCAUAAAAUUAUGAGUCAAGUUCUGAAUAUGUUGUUCAGAAAUAUGACUAAUAUAGCUACGA